GAGCUCGGCAGGUUCGGUGGAUCGCGCGCAAGGCCCGGCUGGGAGCAGUAGUUCCUCGGGGGCGGGUGCUCUGCAACCCUCCCAGGGUGGGGAACUACGAGUCCCAGCGGCCACCGCGGAAGACCGAGGGCGCAGGUUGGAGUUCCGUUCUCCGGCCCCUUUUGCUUGGUCACGGCUAGGAGGGCGGCGUAUUCCUCCGGGCCUCCAGGGGUCGCUGCUUCCGACGGGAGCCGCCACGGAGCGCACGCGCGAUUCUCGAUCCCCCGCGCUGAGGCUCGCUCAACGCCGGGGCGGCGUCCCAGGGCGCAUGCGCGGAAGCGGCACCUAGCGGGCGUCGGCCAUGGCUGAGUGGACGCCCGCCCAGGCGUGGGAAUGGGAGGUUGAGCCUCAGCACCUGGCGCCCUUCCAACCUCCCGCCAUUUUUGACCAAUCAGCUGAGCGAGAGAUCUACCCGGCGGCCGAGAUCUCCCUCUGGACAGUGGUGGCCGCCCUCCAAGCGGUGGAGAGGAAGGUGGACACAUCAGCAGCUCGCCUGCUCAACCUCGAAAGCCGCACAGCCACUGCUGAGAAGAAGAUCUUCGAGUGUGAGAAGACAGAACUAGAAUUCAGCAGCCAUCUGGCAGCUUUGGGCACCUUGAUCCAGGAAUACCGGGUGCUCCAACGGCGCCUAGAGAACGUGGAGAACCUCCUGAAGAACCGCAACUUCUGGAUUCUCAGGCUCCCCCUCGGUCCGAAGGGGGAGAUCCCCAAGGUCCCUGUGACGUUUGACGAGGAGCAAGCGGUCCAUUUUUCUUCACCGGAAUGGGCCAAACUGGAAGAUUGGCAGAAGGAACUCUACCGGAACAUUACAAGAGGAAGCUACGAGCCGCUGGUCUCUCUCGACUCUGCCAUCGCCAAAGCUGAUGCCCUUCCCCCCCAGGCGGGUCUGGGGGCAGCACCCCAUAUUGCGGAUCAGCCCUCAGUGGGGGAAAAGGGACUCCCCCUGGCGCCCAAACUAGCAGAACCAUUGACAUCCAAAGACGAUCUUUUGUCCUGGAUUAAGCAGGAGGAAUCUCCCGGUCCCGGGAAAUGGAAUCUGGAGAGAGAGAUCCCUGCCAUCCUCGGCUACGAUGAGAGCACCAGAAUCAAAAGUGAGGAACAGAAGCUCCAAGAAAGUCUGAAACAAACCUUGCCUGUCCGGCUCCAUGCAGCACCCAACGACAAGGUCUUGCAGACCUCCAGAUGUUGCCAGAGACAAAGCUGCCCUCAGGGUCAACCUGCCCCUCCUCCUCCUCAAAAGCCAUCAGAGGAGCUACGCCACCCCAAUGAAAGAACCUGCCCUGAACCCGAGGCCACCCCGCCAGCAACCUGCUUGAAGGAAGGCCAGCUGAAAUGUUUCAAGGGUCUGGAUGAGUUUUCCUUGCCGCCAAGGAUCCCCGCAGGAGAGGAAGUGUACGGGGAAGGGGUCACACCAGUGACUGAAUCCGGUGUUCCCCAGGUCCCUGAGCCCUACCUGUGCCCGGAGAACAACAGCUUCAGCAAUGUGGCAGUCACCGAAACAGCUGGCCAGCCGCACGCCUGUUCCCUCUGCCCAAAGACUUUCCGGCUCAAGACCAGCCUGCUUAUCCAUCAGAAGACCCACGCUGUGGGAAAGAGUGACAGCCCCUUUGUGUGCUCUGAGUGUGGCUGCGGCUUCAGCCACCAGGCCCAGCUGACUCGGCACCAGGCCAUCCACGCCGACCGGCCGCACCAGUGUUCGGAAUGCCACAAAGCCUUCAACCGCAAAUCCAGCCUGGUGGUCCACCAGAAGACGCACCGCGAGCGGCCGCGCCCUUUCCAGUGUCCCCAGUGCAGCAAGACUUUCAUCAGGAAACAGCACCUGGACGAUCACACCCGCACCCACACAGGGGAAAAGCCCUACCAAUGUCCCGAGUGCGAGAAGCGCUUCGCAGAGAAGUCCAAGCUGACCAACCACUACCGGAUCCAUACCGGGGAGCGGCCGUACCGCUGCGGGCAAUGUGACAAGCGCUUUGUGCGCGCCCACCACCUGGUCAAGCACCAAAGCAGCGUCCACCAAGCUGGGGCUAAGUUGUUCUCCUGUCGCGAGUGUGGACAGAGUUUCAGCCAUGCCCAGGCCUUCCUCAGCCAUCAGGCCAGCCAUGCCAAUGGUGAGAGGCGCCACCGCUGCACCGAGUGCCUCAAGACCUUUGCCCGCAGAAAGUACCUCCUGGAACACCAGCGUAUGCACACGGGAGAGAACCCGUACGCCUGCCCACACUGCGGCAAGCACUUCCGAUACAAGCAGUCACUAAAGCAGCAUCUGCGCAUGCACCGGGAGCAACCACCACCACUACCAUCUGGGCCUGCUGUGCCCCCAAGCCUGCCAGUCACCAACCCCCUGGAGAAAAACCCUCUCUUUGAGGCCAACCCACCCAAUGGGACCUGAAGCUAGGCCGCAAGUAAGUCCUUUGUGCCAAAUGAACCCCUGGGCUACAAUUGGCCCGUUGGUGGGCCAGCUGAGAUCCUCGCUGCCUUCCGUCGGGUGGCUCCAAUGCUGCUUCUCUCUCCAUGGAGGGGCUUCCUUCUUGCUUGCUGAUCAGGACCAUGUGGGGUGGGCUCUAGUCCUGUGGAAUAAGCCCAGCUCCCUGCGAUCAGAACAUACCAACUGUCUGAAAUAUUUCUUCGAUGGAGACAGCAGCUGAAAGACUCACCAUCCUGCACUGCAGUCUGAGGAGUUGCACGUCCUGGCCAAACUGGGGAAAAAAUGCGCCUAAAAUGUGAUCAUGUCCACUUACCUUCUUGGUUCCAUUACCCAGCCCAGCACUGGAAGCCGGCCUGCUGGAGUCAAAAGGGCCACAUCCCAAAGCCGUGGUUACCUCACCUGUAGGGAGAAAGACACAGACCCCAAGGUCGUUGUGCGUGGCUGUGGUUUUCUGGCCUCGGCCUCCACGCACUUCACCAGACAAUCAGAGGAAGGUUUGAAAACACUUUGCGUGCAGCGGGUACAAAAGAUAGCCCAAAAGUUGGAAUUGAUUGCCACCUGUCUCUCGUCUCCGGAGGGCCAAGCAGAGCAGCUGUCCAUGGCCAGAAUUCAGAACAGUUCCAUGCUCGGUCUACAGGAGCUGCCUACUCCUCAAAAUAUCCUUCCUUAUUUCGCUGCUGUUGAUCCAAAGCUGCAUUGUCAAACUUCUGGUUUACCAGUUUUCUGCCAAUGUCGACCUAUGCGAAAAAGCUCUUUUGCCGAACGCUUGGCUGCCGUUUUCUGUGUGAUACAUUUAUUGCCGAGACACUGAUGGGGUCCCAGUUCUUAUGCCCUUCCUGCCUCUUCAGACAGUGACAUGAAAUCACGAGUUUUGCCCUGUCUCUUCAAAUUCUUUGUCACCAAGAGGAUGUACCCUCCACAUCAUUCUCUCUAGCCCUGAAAAUGCUCCCCACCCCCAAAGAAAGAAGACUCGGUAAGCGACCCUAAAAUCAUGGCCAUAAGCCGAGACCUCCAGCCCACUUCCACACCAAGUUCUCACUACUUUAAAUCCAACUGUAAUAUAAGUAGUUCUCAAUUUACAACAGGACUACCUGUAUUAUUCUUUAAUACAGGUAGUCCGCAACAUACAGUUCAUUUAGUGACCGUUCAAAGUUACAGCAGCAUGAGAAAAGUGACUUAUUACUGUUUUCCACACAUACAACCAUUGCAGCGUUCCCAGAGUCACGUGAUCCAAAAUUUAGGCAUUUGGAAACUGGUGUGUACUUACAACAGUUGCAGUGUCUCUUCUUCCAACAAACAAAGUCAAGAGGGAAGCCAGAUUCACUUAACGUGACUAACAUAGCAACUGCAUUGAUUUACUUAACGACUGUGGCAAGUAACGUCGUAAUGGGGGGGGGAGACAUAAAUCAAAGGAAAAGGCUGCAUCCCCUAGUGGCAUCUUGCAAAAUGGUUCUGAAGUUGCGUGCAAGCAUGCUGGAUUGUCUAUUUGAUACUCUAAAAUGUUACCGGCCCCCGUUCUCGCCUCAUUCCAGAGCACCACAACUGUGUAGAAACUAUGGGGCGGGGGAGCGGGGAAGGGGAGAGAGUGCUCUGCCAAUUCCAACCCUCCACCUACCAAUUGCUACCAAACCUAUCCCUGCUCCAUUCUAUGUCUGUUGGCCAAAACAGUGAGGCUUGGCUUCCUAAAGCCCAAUAUAGGUAGUUCUUGACUUACGACAAGUCACUUAGUAGCCAUUUGGAGUCACAACCAGCCUUGAAAAGGGGACUUGCAAUUCGGAUCUGAAGUUCCAGCAAUUGCCCUCUUGUGUGGUCACAUCUUCAUGCAUCAGGUCAUUGGCAACACAGCCACAUUCGCAGCCAUUUUCCAGCAUCUCACAGACACGACUGCGUUUGGCAAAGGUUUUAUUGAACACUGAGACUUAAUUUCUGCUUUUGGGCAAAACAGCGCCGUGGCAGAUGAGGGGUUCACUUAUCGACUGCGGUGAUAGGCCGUACUGACGACCAAAUAAAUUGUGCUACGUGUGAUACCAAACCGACAUUGUGCAUCCCUUUUCCCACACAAGGCAGAUAGUUCUUCCUACAAAAUCUUUUUUCAACUCUUUCAGCUUUUCCUGAUACAACCCACACAGCUUUCAGUACAUCACAAACACGGACGCACACUUUCCCUGAAUAUGAUCAAGGGGGAAAAUAUAAGGAGAGAGACCAUUUGGUUUAGUCUGUGGUUAAGGCAUUAGGUUAGAAAGCAGGUGAGUUCUAGUCCUUUCUUAGGCAUGGAAGUUGGCCAGAUGACUUUGGGUCAAUUACCAGGAGAUGGCGAGUUCUAGUGCUGCCUUAGCUAUGAAAGCUGGUUCAGUAACUUUAAGUCAAUCUGGAGACAGUGAUUUCUAGUUCUGCCUUAGGCAUGAAAGCUGGCCAGGUGACUUUGGGCCAAUCCUGGUGAUUCCCCAUAUCACUUCGAUGGUAUAAGGUGGGACUAGAACUCACUAUUUUCUAGUGAUUGGCCCAAAGUCACCCAGCCAGCUUUCACACCUAAGGUGGGACUAGAACUCAUUGUCUCCUGGUUUCUUGGCCACCAUCUUUACACAAUUACGUGCAAACUAUUAAAACGAAUUAUUUUUUUACAGAAGACCAAUAUAUAAGCAAUCCUGGUUUAGGGACCACAAUCAGGACCAACAACUCGGUC